AUGAUGUUGUACGUUCUGCCGCCUCCGGCGGCAGCCGGUCCACCGUCCCCGUGGUCCACGAUACUGUGCGAUGACGGACGGCCGUCGUCGGUACGUGGCGGUAGCCAACAAGAGCCAGCGGUGGCCAACAGUGGCCGGUUGACUUACAAACGGAACGCUAGCAAUAACAGGCGGGUUAAAGCGUGGCUGAAUGCCGUCCAAAAGAAUAACCGUCCGCCGCCGCCCAGGAAACCUUCGGUGGACGCUGUCGGUCCCGAGUUGCAGGAUUCAGGAGCUGGCAGUUCAUUGGACGAAGAUGAGCCGAUCAAAACCAAUCGCAGGCUUAGCGAGUGUUAUUUCGCCAACAAGGGUUCGGCGGCGGUGCUGUGUUCGCUCACGUCUCACCAGCAACAGCAACAGCAACCACAGCAACAGCCUCGCCGUAAAAGACACCACCAUCACUCUCUACACCCGCACAGACACCAGUCGCUGUCCGCUCCGGCGUCCAGUCGGAUGUCCGCCGGCGAAGACGAAAUGCAGACCCGUGCCAACGACAUACAGGCACAUCUGCAGUCUAUGUUCCACAUACUCAGGCCCGAUGACAGUCUGAACAUGGCAGUAAAGCUGGAAAGCGUACAUUCCGGCCGUACCAGAUAUUUAGUUGUAGUUUCUUGUAUAAAUGGAAAUUGUCAAGAGGAAUCCUGCCUUUUGGGUCUUGACUGUAACCAGAGUACUACUAUUGGACUGGUGCUUAGACUUCUGGCAGAUACCACAAUCACGCUGGAUGGAGAUGGAGGAUUCAGCGUUAGCGUAUGCAGCCGCCAACAUAUUUUUAAACCAGUCUCGGUACAAGCCAUGUGGUAA